AUGAAUAACAACGGCAAUAAUAAUAAUAAUAAUAAUAAUAAUAAUAGUGAUAAUAAUAACAAUAAUGACAAUAUUAAUAGUAAUAACAACUUAAAUCUUGAAGGAUCAAAUCUGCAACCUACAGCAUCAACUACAGCUAAUAAUAUCAUGGAAAGUACAUUAGACACGAAUGCAAAUAAUCAAACAACGACAACUAGUAACAAUAAUCAAACGGCACCUAGUGACAAUAAUCAACCACCUCCACCUUCAUCAGAUUCAAACUCAGGAUCAACUACAAAUUCUACUGAUUCAAGAGCAAUAGUCAUAACUGUAAAUUAUCUAUUUUCGGAUGAAAAUAGACCAAAUAGUCCCAAUAGAUCAGGUUCAUUAGUUUUAUCAUUACCAAAUAAUGAAAAUAAUAGAGAUCCAAGAGUUAUUCAAGAAUUUAUAAGAUUAGCUACUCAAAUGGCUUAUUCAUCAAUUAUAAAUGGUAUGCAUGAUGAAAAAGGUUUAACUGUUGAAAAAUUCAAAUCAUUACCACCUGUAACAUUUGAAGAAUUGAAAUUGAAUAAUAAUUCUACAUCUUGUUCUAUAUGUUUUGAAGAGUUUCAAAAAUUGAAUGAAAAAGAAGAGGAAGUUGUUAAUGAUGUGGUGAUUUCUAAACGAAGAAGGAUGAAUAAUAAAGAUUCUGUUGCUACAUCUACUGUUCAAAAUAGUAGAGUGACUGAAUCAACAACUGAAGCAUCGUCUAGAGUAACUGCACCAACAACUGAAGCAUCAUCUACACUUCAAAAUAGUAGAACAGAAGCACCAUCAUCAACAACAACGACAACAACGACUUCCAAUCAAGGUCCAAUUUAUUUACUAGAUUAUAAAGAAUCAUUCGAACAUAUUCCUAUAAAGUUACCAUGUAAUCAUAUAUUUGGACAAGAUUGUUUAUUUGAAUGGCUAAAAAAUCAUAUUACAUGUCCGCUAUGUCGAUUUAAAAUACAAGAUACAUCAAAUAAUCAAUCAUCAAACAAUCAAGAUAAUAGACAUGUUACAGUAUUCACAAUCCCAUAUGAUCUAUAUAAUAGAAAUGGAAAUAUUUCAACAGAUACUUCAAAUGAUGACUCAAAUAUCUUAAAUUUAAAUCGUGGUUCAAGAGUUCAAUAUUUUAGAUUAAACUCAAAUAAUAAUAAUAAUAAUAAUAAUAAUAAUAAUAAUAAUAAUAAUAAUAAUAAUAAUAAUAAUAAUAAUAAUAAUAAUAAUAAUAAUAAUAAUGAUAAUAAUAAUAAUAAUACAGAAUCAACAGAGACAAGAUCGAGUUCAUUUUUCAAUUUUCCUAAUGUUAGUCGAAUAUUUGAACAUAUGAGAGGAUCAAGUUCAAAUUUAUUUCCCUCGGGGAUUAUGAGUAGGCGGGUAAAUAAUACUUCUGAUGAAGUUAUUAGCGAAGAGAUAAUUGAGGGCUCUAAUUUACAAUCUUUAUUUGAUGAUCAUCCACCAACUCAACCUAAUAAUAAUGAUCAUGCUUCCAAUGACUAA